AUGCGAUCGGCCUGGCACACCUGCGAAUUUAGCUGCACCCUCCACACCAAAGCCGUCUAAUAGUGGUGCUUCUGUAAUGAGUUCCGGCACUCCAAAACCUACUGCCACCACCAGAAGAAAAAGUAAAACUGCUGCACUCACUACGACUAUGACCACUUCAAACGACACCCUUGCAGCCACAUCUAUUACUGCGUUCAAUACUACGGCUUCGACUCCAAUCAUGAAAGCAGAGCCUGUUACUGCAAAAGAUGAAGCUAUUCGAAUGCAAACACCAACCAUGUUUAAACCUAUGAGAGGUCAAGCACGAUCUCGAGGUCGUGGACGUGGUCGACCACCGAAACAAUUAAUGAAAUCCGAAACUUCACACUUGACUGACUUUGAUAUUCUGGAGGCAUCUAUUGAGCCAGAUCUAGACGAUAAUGGUCAAGUAGACGAUCAAAUUGAAGCGGAUGAAGGAGACGAGGAAGAAGAGGAUGAGAAUGCCAAUUUUGGUGCAAGGCGAUUACGUCGAACAAGUCAAACCACAACACCUGUAGCAUCGAUUUCAAAAGGCAUACGCUCUAGUCGUAAACGUAAAUCAUCUGCAUUGUUUUUUGAAACCCCGACCUUUGCACCCACUCAACCCGUAGAAAAGUCUGAUGCUGAUGAUGAUCAUAGUCACCAAGAAGACGAUGUAAAGCAGUUGCAAGUUGGUGUAAGCAUCAAAAAAGAAAAAGACAAGCAGCGACGUGGACGGAUUAAGAAAUCGGCAACGACUGCUAUAGAGAUUGAUGAUGCUGAUGAAGAGGAUCAAAACGGAAAUGGUGAUACUUUGGAAACCAUCCCAUCUCCGCGUCGUGGACGUCGACGUUGGAGUUGAAUAUUGAACUGUCUUAUAAUGUGCAAGAAAAUCAUAAAAUGGUCGUUUGAGAUUGAAUUCAUGAUUCUGACAAAUAUAUAUUAUG